AUGCCGACGUGCUACUAUCUUGGAGAGAUCUUUGAGGAACUGCCGGCAAUAGCUCCCGAGUUCAUGCGCUCUCCAGAUGUGAGUGAUCAGGCUUGGGAGAACGUCAUGAAGACGCAGUCAACUCCUAACAGCGUGAAGAGGCUCCUGAGGGAACGUCAUGGAUUAGGGGUGACCUUCUUGAUUCCCUCGGCAAGCCAAAGGCCUUGGUCACCGCCAGUUGGGUAUCAAUGUGUCUACGAAUCUUAUUUUCGUGACGAUACAAAGCUUUGGUUCCCAAUUCCUCGACUAGUCACGGCAUAUGCGAGGCGCCGAGACGCAGCGAUAAGUCAGUUUUUGAAUGGUUCAUGGCGUAUUGUAGUUGCUUUGAUGGUUAUGGCUGCCGAGAUCGAUGUCUCGCUGAGCGUUCGUACCUUCGAAGAGUUGACGUCCGUCAGUUUGCUGGAUGACGGCCUUCUAUCGAUAAAAAUGCGACCAAGCUACAACCUGACCAUCCGACUUCUCGCGAAUAUCCGGAAGAAUUUCUUGCGGGCGCUCGUUCUGUCACGAGACUCGCUCAAGAGCACUGGGGGAAUAUUUCUUGGGAAAGGAGAUUGGGAUUCGAGUUACCUUCCAUCGGCUAACAAGACCAAGAGACGUAUCUCGCUGUUCACCAUUGAAGAGCAGAAGAAGAUCAACGCAGCAAGGAAGAUGAGGGGCCUUCCGGAUCUGGGUGCUAUGAUGGCAGCAGAGCUUGGCUUGUCAAAUGCUGAGCCGUCGGUGCCUUCUAAUGAGUUAGUGGCUGAUGACACGACCCUCGCGAGUUUUGACCAUCGCGAAUCCUCGCUUGGUGUUGUUGUUGUUGCUCCUAAGAAGAAGAGCAAGAAGAGGUCUCGUGAUGAGCCGCCUGUCAAUGACGAUCUCGAGACUCUUCCAGAGGAAGGUGAUCGUUCGGAGGCUGCGGAGCCGUCGACGAAGAAGAGAAAGAAGAAGAAGCAACUAUCUUUGGAGGAUAACGUCACAGAUCAAGGUACCGAAGUUUCCCGCCCCUCUGCUCCAUCUGACCCGACUGACGGGCCCUCUCUUAACUUGGCCCUAGCGGAUGAACCUCAGAAUGUCUCGCAUGAGGUUCCGCUUCAGAAGAAAAGGUCGAAGCAAUAUGCUGAGCAGGGGACGACCAAGCGCCAGGUUCCCCCCGUUGCUGUUUCAUCGAACCCUGGGGCGUCGGUCCCCGGUUCAUCGACUGGCGGUAUUCCGGUCAUUAGGGAGACUUUGAGAGUCGAGUUUCCUGACCGUGUUUUGUUCGAGUAUGACGGGCCAACUCCUCUCAUCUACGCUCCACACAGAUGCGCGGAACUGGUUAGUCAUAUCAAGUGCGGCCCAAAGCCCUUUCUGCCAGUUGCUGACCUGAUCUUUAAAGACGAGUAUGUUGACGCUGCUCGCACCAAGUUGUUGCUGAAGAAGACAGUGGUGAGCAAGAGCAGACUUCUCCGUCGAAAGAAGGCAGAAUGGCAAGGGGAGUUCGAGAGGAUGGCCGAGAAGCGAGACCGCGCGGUUGCUCGGAGGAAAGCUCUGAAGAAAAGAGCCGACGCAACUGAAGAGGAGCUUUCCGUUGCUCGUUCUACUAUCGAGGCUCUGGAGCUGCGGAAGGCCAAUCUUAUGGAGGAGAUAGGAGUCAAGGCCGCGGAGCAUAAGAAAGAACUGGACCGCCUUAGGGACUCACGUGUUUACGAGGUUACUAAGGAGAGGGUGAGGAUCGAGACCGAGAUGAUUGCAAAAUCCAACAAGCAUUUCGGGAAUCUGCGCGAGUGGUGGACCCGUUGUGGACCUUUCGAUAUGGCGCGGUUGCUUCAAAGUCAAGCGUUCGGGACUAAGAGCUGCCUCUAG